AGCGAGGUACCCUGUUUCUUUAAUAUAGAGGGAAAGAGAACUCCGCUUAAAUAACGUGAGCACACAACUCUACCUAGCAAGCUCUAAGGCAAACCAUUACAAAAGGAAGGGAGUGCACAUUGCCUGAUCACACACACUGCGGAGUGACUUACCAUGCCACGCGAGUGUGGGGAACUAAAGGGUGGCGGUUCUGCUCCUCUCCCUCUGACCCCCCUUUUCCCACGUCAGAACAACCAAAAGCCAAGGGAAGCUGAGUGCUGCUGACGGAGCUAGAAGGGGCUGGCGUGGGAGAGCUUUCUGCAGAAGACGUGAAUCUGGCAGAGUGAGCGGGGAGCUACCCAGGUGCAAGCUCAGAGCAGAUUCUGGAAGAAACAUGAACAAAAUGAAUUGUAUCCUGUUCACUGUCUUCAUUGUUCUGAUUGCUUAUUGCAGUUCUGGAUAUGCCCUGAGGUGUUACAUCUGUGCAGAUAGUCCUUCCUUGUGUUUAACCAAUGCUACUUGCACCCAUGGAGAUGAUAGUUGCUUACAGAUCAGGUUUGCUGCUUUGAAAACCUAUGCCUGCUGGAAACAAUCCCGAUGCAACAUGAAUGAGAUUGCUGAUGAUUUUGGUGCUGACAACUUUGAUUUCCACUGCUGUCAAAAGGACUUUUGCAACAAGAGUCCAGCCACAGUGGUUAGUAAAACAACCUUCAGCAUUGCGAUUGUGAUGACCAUGAUCUGGAUGUUCUGCUUUUAAUCUGGAGACAAAAAGAUAAACAUAUUUUUUUCUGUUUGUAUUGCUAAAUAUUUUCUCAAUUCUCUAACUAUGAGGUGGUGGAGUUUUGCCCUCUGACUUAUAAAUCAUGCUUCACAAAGUGCUUUCUCUCCGGUAAAUUACUGUCAUCAGCUGUCUGGAAAAAGGGGCACAUUGUGUGUUAUCAGUCAGAGAGGUGAUGUCACAUUUGGAGGAAAAUACCAUAUUUUAGAAAAAGCUGUAUAUGGGAAAAACAUGGAAAAAUACAUAUUAAGUGCUAGAAAAUUUUAGUUUCUUAAUGUUCUGUGAAUUUGCAGUUAUGUUUUUCUCUCUUGUCCAAUAUGUUUUAUUAUCCUUCAGCCAGUGAAUUCUCCUACUGUUGUUUAGAAGUAAAAUUUCUUAUGAUCUUAUUAAUAUAGUUGAAAUCCUAGUUCUUGCUGAAAUAUGUUUAACAAUGUUUUGCAAAUGAAUUUUGAAGCCAUUGAAAUUGCAUUAUUUUGGGGAAAAGCUUUUGAGUAUUUUACAUUUGAAAAUUAAAUUGAGGUGCAUUUUAAGUAAGUAAGGAAUGCCCUGCCUCUCUGUAGAGUUCUAUAGCAUGCAGGUACAUGUAAUUGCUGCUUCAGCAUCUUGUGUAAAUUUUAUCUAUUGCUUAUGAUGGCGUUCACAACAAAGAUUUGAGCUGAGCAGGUCCUUUGCACAGCAAACAACUUUGUAUAUUCAGAGUUGUAUGCAAUCUUCUGGUGUUAGCCCGAUAUUUUUGUCUGAAAAACAGUUAAGAGUUUAAAAGGGCACACCUAGCAAAAUUUCCGGUAUGGAUAUGCUUUAAUUAGUUUCUGCUUGAAAACAGAUUCAGCAAAUGCAACUAACUCUUUGGGCCUCUAAAUAUGGAUGUUUCAGAAGUAGACUUGUAGAACUUCUUUGUGCAACACUUAUAACUGCCAAUAUUUUAUUAUUAUUGCCACUAAUAAAACAUGUAUUGCAUGAAAAAUGCUCUUUCUGUACAUGGAAAGAAGGCUUUUGACACAGCCUUGAUCUUGCUGCCAAUUGUACUGGCUCACUAAGUGAUGGGGGUAGAAAGUGAUGGGGAUAGACCUGGGUGCUUGUACUAUAUUUGCAGCCCCAAUCUUAAUCUGUACUUAGUAAUAUUAAAUCUUCCCCGGCUUCCUUAGUGGUGUACUACCCUACUUGGGGAAGAGGGGAGUCAAUUACCAAAGACUAUUCCUGAGAUCCUUGGUCUGGGGUAUCCAGAGUCUCGUAUGGUGACCAGUACACUUCUGCUUUGUUGCCAUAGCUAUGGGCAGAUGAAGGCACCAUAUUAUUCCUUGUAGAACAUAUGACAGUUUGGUUUUAGUUUCAUUUGAUAAAAAUGAUUCCAGCUAUUAAGAUGUUCUGGAAUUUAUCUGAUCCCGCAAAACAUGAGUGAUGAUGGUGAUUUUUGAUUAAUAAAAA